GUUACUAACAGUCUCUUUUCUGCGUCAGAUCCAGUCCAGACGUGUUUGAAUCCCGUAUGGAGAAAAGAAAUGAGGUGAAGAAGCAGCCAGUGGGAUAUUCCAAGCAAGCAGAAUUUAUCAGGUGUAUGGAUGAGAAGGCAGAAGCUUUGGGCACAAAGACAUCAAAGGGACGAUUCACAAAAGAUAAGACACUUGAUUCAAUUCUGCAUAUUGAGAUGGUGAAAGAAAAAUCAGCAGAGGAAAUAAAGCAGAUUUGGAAUCAGUACUUUUCUGCAAAAGACACAGUUUAUGCUGUUAUUCCUGCAGAGAAAUUUGAUUUAAUAUGGAAGCGAGCCCAGAAAUGUCCAUCAUUUCUGUAUGCUUUGCCAAGAAAGGAAGGCUAUGAAUUCUUUGUGGGGCAGUGGUCAGGAACAGAAUUGCACUUCACUUCACUUAUAAACAUUCAGACCCAAGGUGAAACUGCUCCUAGCCACUUGGUCUUGUACCAUUAUCCUGAGUUGCAGAAGGAAAAAGGAAUAGUGCUAAUGACAGCAGAAAUGGACUCCAAGUUCUUGGUUGUCCAUGAAGCACAGUGCUUGGCGAAUCAGGUGCAACUUUUCUACGCAACGGAUCGUUCUGAGACCUAUGAAUUAGUGGAGAUCUUCAACCACAGGCCUAAUGAAUUCAAAUACAUGUCAGUUAUAGCAGAGCUUGAGCAGAGCGGACUUGGAAGGGAACUGAGACCUAGUCAGGAUUCUGACAAGUCAUAGAACUUGAUCUGUGAGCGAAGCAGGCCAGAAGCAGUCAGAGGGCUUCCUCGCGGGAGUAGUUCCCAUCUCUUCUGUUCUACGAACUUGGUCUGGCUGCAGAAAGGAUCAAGAGACGUCCCAGGAGGGUGACAGUCAAGCCUGUCUGGCACUGAUGCACGAUGAUGACUUGGGUUGUUUAAGCAACUUAACUAAUUGCCAAAAUGGAGCGUUGUGUGUCAGUGCAAAUUCAUCAGAAUGAGCUAUUUUCCCUUCCCGUAACUGACUGCUGCAUGCUUUAUUUUUGAAAACUGAAAUAAAAUGACAAAAGGGGAACUAUUUAAAGGAGUGAAUUGACAUCUGGAGAGAGAUAACGAUCAGUGUUUCUUCUCAGUAAAUACAUUUUAAAUGCCCUUCAUCAUUAUAAUUGCAUGCUCCAGUGCUUUUUAAUUUAUGUGGAAUUCAUGCAAACUCUUGUCCGUCAAGGAAAGAGAAUAGGAUUGGUGAUCUAAAACAAACUCCUUUUUGUUGCUUUGUUUGUGAGGUUCCUGAUACAUAUGUAUACUGUGUCCUGCAUUUUUCUCAGGACUAAAGAACUCGAUGACUUAGAUUUGCUCUGAGAAUGUUGUACUUCCUAAUUGGUAUAUUAAUUUCAUCCUGUUGCUUUGUCUCUUAGAGAUGUUUAUCUUGAGGGAUAGGAUAUUAUAAACGUGGUUUUAUUUUUGUA